AUGGAGGCCAAUCGGCUCACACUGCUAUUGGCUGCAGCCGUAGCAUCGGUCCAGGUCCCAGAGCCCUCCCUCAGCCUGUCCAAUGAGAGGACUUCCAUUGAGAGGACGUAUGAGCUGACCAAGUACCUGGAGCAUCAGCUGAGAGAGAUAAAGGACACCUAUCUAUCCUACCUGGGCCCUCCGUUCAGUGAUCCAGACUUCUCCCCUCCACGGCCCAACAGCACGACACUAUCCCUGCCCAGCGCGGCCACCCGUCUGGAGCUGUGGCGGGGCCUGGAGAACCGUGCCAGGCUCGCCCAGAACCAGAGGGCCUACUCUGUCCUGCUGGGGGCGGUGAGGGAGCUGGCCCGCUCCACCCUCUGCCCCUACCUCCAGAGCUCCCUGCUGCACUUCUCUACAGGCCUGGACAGUCUGCUGGGGUCUAUAUCAAGCCUCAUGAACACUCAGGGGUAUGCCCUGCCUCCUGCUGGGAUCGAGGCGCAGUACCUGCAGAGAGACACAGGGGGUGACAGAGAGGCGAUGGGACGCAGGCCAUCUCCACUGAUGAGUCAGGGUCUCUAUAAGGCAGGGGCGGAGGCGGGGCCAAAGAGGCAUCCUCUUGGUGAUCAGAUGGGUGCUGGGACCACCAGAGGGGCGGUGAGAGGACAAAAGGAGGAGAGCACCAGGAGAGAAAUGACAGAGAGAGAGAGGGGGAGAGCGGGUAGGAGAGCGGAGGUGACUGGGGCUGUGGUUAGGAGCGUGGGAUCGAGGCAGGAGGAGAGAGGGGAGCGAGGGAGGAAAGGGAGGAGAAGAGAGGCAGAAGAUCGGGAGGGGGCUAGUGAAGACAGGGAAGAGUUGGAGAGAAGGGGAGGGAGGGACAGAUGGGGGAGGAGGCUGCUGAGUGUUUCAGAGGAAGGAGAGAGAACAGUGAAGCAGGGUCCACUGGACUCUGACGCCAGAGUCACUCUGUCCUUUUCAGACAGACAGACCUUCCCCCAACAACAACAACUCCUAAACAACAAUAACAACAACAACUACGAUCACAACAACCUCUACAGCUACAACUUCAACUACCACCCCCAAAAUAAGGACAGAGCCAGAGAGGGGGAUACAGAAAACAGGGCGACAGAGGAGGAACAAUACAUCAUCCGAGAGUCUGCAUCCCUCCCUUCCUCCUCUCCAUCCUUCCAUCCCCAGCGUCGAUCCCCUCGCUCCUUAUUCUCCCCCCCCCUCUCGCCCCUCUCCCUCUUCUACCCGUUUGGCACGGGGCCGGGGGAGGGACACACCCUGUUGUCAGAACCAGUUCCACUGUCAUUGAGGAGGGGUCCCCCCUUGCUGCCGCCCCCUCCUCUGCCCCCCAUUCUGUCCUCCUCCCCUCUGCUGGCGGUGCGGCCAGCACUCAACGACUUCUCCAGGAAGGUGGAGGGCUUCUGGGUACUGAGGGAACUGCAGAGCUGGCUGUGGCGCUCCGCCAAGGACUUCAACCGCCUCAAGAAGAGACUCCGAGUCUGACAGACAGAGAGGAGGGAGG